AUGACAACAUCAUUCAAGCAUACUAUAGACCCACUUAGAAGCGAUCUCGACCAGGAGAAGGUGUCUGAAAUAUCACCUAAAUAUGAAGAAGCACCAGACGGUGGUUCUAGAGCGUGGCUCGUGGCUGCAGGGGGCGCUUCACUCUUCUUCUGUUGUCUCGGCUUCGCAAAUUCAUUUGGCACUUUCGAGGAGUACUACUUAUCACACCAACUCCGUGGGCAAUCUCCAGACAAUAUCGCCUGGAUAGGAUCGCUAGCAGCAUUCCUUCAAUUCGCAACAGGUGCAAUUGCAGGACCAUUAUUCGACCGUUACGGCGCAUGGAUUAUCCGGCCAGCUGCAGUCGCCUAUGUUUUUGCCAUGAUGAUGCUUAGUUUGUGCAAAACGUACUGGCAGAUUAUGCUUGCGCAAGGUGUAUUGAUGGGCAUAGUAACGGGCUUCCUUCAAUUUCCAGCGUUUCCAGCAGUAUCACAAUGGUUUGACAAGAAGCGAGCAGCCGCACUAGGCAUUGCUGCGGCUGGUUCGUCUGUUGGCGGCAUCGUGAUUCCUAUUGCAUUGUCCAAAAUGUUGAACGGCUCUUCCUUGGGAUUUGGAUGGUCGGUGCGAAUCAUCGGCUUUCUCGUCAUGCCCAUCAUGGCAUUCGCGUGCCUAACCAUCAAGCGCCGCCUACCGCCAAGUACAUCCCCCUUCUGGAUUCCAUCGGCCUUGAAGGAAGCGAAAUUCGUCCUCCUGAUAGUCUCCUUGUUUUUUAUGUUCAUUGGCAUGUUCUUCCCCCUGUUCUACAUCCCUACAUAUGCAGUAUCCAGAGGCAUGAGUGCGACCCUUUCUGGAUAUUUGCUGGCGAUCUUGAACGCGGCAUCCACAUUUGGCCGUAUCAUCCCAGGCAUAUUAGCAGAUAAAUUCGGGCGAUUGAACGCAUUCAUGGUGGGUGGUAUAACCACAGCGAUCGUGAUAUUCUGUUUCAAUUUGGCAACCACCAACGCAGGCUUGAUCGUAUAUUCGGUUGUCAUUGGCUUUACUUCGGGAACGAUCAUCUCUGGAGCUUCGGCGGCCUUUACCCUCUGCCCCAAGGAUCCCCGGGACAUGGGAACUUACAUGGGAAUGGGUAUGGCCCUGAGCUCUUUCGCAACUUUAAUCGGUCCCCCGGUGAAUGGGGCACUCGUCAAACAUUAUGGAGGGUACUCGGAGGCAAGCAUAUUCAGUGGCGUCAUGUGUUUGGCUGGUGGGUUCUUUGCUUUGGCGACCAAGGCUAUGACCCCUGAAGGUAUCUUGGGACGAACAUGA